UCUUUUCCUGCUUCUCCUCCUUCUCCCCCUCCUUCUCCUCCUCCUCCUGGCUCCCGGGCGGGAGGGGCGCGAUGACAGCCGACAGCGGGAGCACGCCGUGCCGUUGCAGCCCCAGCUCUGAGCUGGAGUUCGGGCUCUCCGGUUCGGUGACCGGUCCUGCCUCGUCGGCCAGGAGCGCCCGGGAGGUGUGGCGGAAGCCUUCUGAGACGCCGGCGACGGCCGUGACCAUGCCUGCCGUGUCGACCAAGAACGCGCGCAGGGUGUGGUGGAGGUCUCCCAAACUGCUCGCGACGGCCCUGACCAUGACGCUCGUCGUGGGCCUCGGGUCGUGGCGCUUCGCCAACGACGAGCAGGCGAGCCAGGACCAGUUCCGCGCGGCGGUCCAGGCCCUGGCCGUGACCUACGCCGAGGAGCUCGCCCGCCAGGUCCGGACCUCGAUCAGCUCGACGCACGCCAUCGCGGCCAUGCUGCAGGUGGACGACGCCAACUUCACGCAGAACGGCUUCGAGACGAUCGCGGCAAUGCUGAUCGAGACGUACGGGGGCAUCUCCAACUUGCAGCUCGCGCCCUUUGGCAAGGUCACCGCCAUCGUGCCCCUUGUCGACGCCACGCAGGACAACCGCGCAGUGCUGGGCCACAACCUCCUCGUGGACCCGGACCGGCGUCUCGGGGCCCUACAGACCAUCCAGAGCCGCCAGACCCUCGUGCUCGGUCCGCUCCAGCUGAAGCAGGGCGGCGCGGGGAUCAUUGUCCGACACCCCGUGUUCACGCGUUUUGCGCCCGAGUUCGUCCCCAGCGAGCCGUAUCUGGCGGGCGGCGAGGUGUACACCGUGGAUUGCUCGACCCCGGCGCUCCAGCGCGAGAACUGCUACUUCCCGGGCCCCGACGUGGAGGUCGCGGGCGUGCAGGAGCCGACCUAUUUCUUCGCCUUUGCCACGAUGAUCUCUUUCGUCCCAACACUGCUCGGCCCUGUCCAGCUCGGGCGCCUCGCUGACGGCGGGCACAACCUGGAGGGCACGACCCGCUUCGCUUACCAGCUCCAGAUGCGGGUGCCGCACCCGUCGCUGGAAGACGUGCAGGGCGUAUUCGCGCACUCGCCCGACCACCCCCCAGGCACGGUGCUACCGGACCCAGUCGAGGCGGCGGUGUCGUUGCCCGAGGUUGGGCUCGAGUGGUCUUUGCGUGUGGCGCCAGCGGAGGGCUGGCCGGGCAUCAGCGCUGAGUUCUGGACACAGCUGGCGUUGCUCGUGUUGCUGACCUGCAUCACCGGGUUUGUGCUUGGCGGCCUCAUCAUCGGGAAUGUGCGUGAGACGUUGAAGCGCGCAGUGGAGCUCGAGGUCUACCGCGACCAUAAGCUCCGCUCCCAGGUCGCGGCAGCGACGAGCGACAUCAUGCGGAGCCGGUUCCCAAUGUGCGUCAUGCAGGUGAGCGAGUUCAAGCGGGUCGGCCGGCUCUUGUCGCACGAGGAGGCCCGAGACCAGGGUUCGCUGGUCUUUCUCGAUACCUUUGCCGAGAUGCAGCGCCUCAAGCAGGAGGGCGAUGUCGCCUUCCUCAGCCACCAGUGGACGAGCUUCGUCAAUCCGGACCCGAGCGGGGAGCACUACGCGGCCAUGGUCUCCGCGCUCGACGCGUUGGCCGCCACGGGGUGGCCCUGCACUCACGUGUGGGUAGACUACCACUCGAUCCCGCAGGCCAACCGCGACCAGCAGCAGAACGCCAUCAACUCGCUCUCGCUCUACGUCGCCUGCAGCCGCAUCUUCGUUGCCGUUACGCCGACGUGCACGCACCAGGAGCUGGGGGAGACGUUGGACACGGCGAGCUACCGCCGCCGCGGCUGGUGCCGCGUCGAGCAGCUUAGCUUCUUGGCGACCAACACUCAGUCGGCGAACGCCUUCGUCUACGAUGUGUGCGGGCUGCGGCCGCUCUGGGCCUCGACGGAGGACCACGCCAUGUCUCUCGGCAUCUUUGAGGGCGACUUCACUUGCUGCCGCCGCAAGCACUGCAACGGCCUGCGGUGCGACAAGCAGCGGCUCGUAAACGUGAUGCUGGCCAUGUACUGGGAGCUCCUCCACGCCCAGGCCAACUCACCAGACGCAUCGGCCCUGGUUGCGCUGCUCGCCGACGAGCCGCGCUUCUUCCCGGCCAACGCGCAGCAGGUCCGGCUGGCGGCCGACGGGUCGGUCUGGGAGGCCGAGGUCGAGCUCUUUGGGAAUUUGCUGCCAGUGUUGCACGAGCUCUUCGAGCACCCCGAGCUCCUUCCUGACCGAAGCCCGGAGGCGACGGUGGGCGUCGAGACGGAACCCGUGAAGCCCAAGGUGUGGGGCGACUUGGAGACGGUGUGAGUGAGCUUUCUCCUCCUCCACCUCCUCCUCCUCCGUACUCCCCCUCUUGUGCUCGCACCCUUUCCUCUUCGCGCACUUAGGCCCAGGCCCGACAGGGGCGACGGCGGCUCCACCUCAACCCCAGACCUCAGACCUCGUAAAUUUGUCAUACCGCGACGUCUCGAUGCCAUGCAUCGCAUCGCAUUUUUGUUUUGACGAUGCCAAUAUCAUCUGCCUUUCAGAUCACGGCAGACGGCGCGACUUCUGCUCAGCAGCAGCAUGGGGUUCGUCGGCGUGGGUUUCCGGUCGCCUGCUAAAGGUUGCACCCGGAACCAGACUUUGCAGGGGUGGGAGGGGCGUCCUGCUGUGGUCGGCGCGCGUGCUCCCCAUCGAGUGGUAGUGAGGUGAAUGGUGGCGACUGUCGAGUGCAUGCUGCGGAGGGGGUGGCGGUAGAGACUGAG